AUGCAUUCAUUCCCUGGCACGUGGUGGUUCACAUUCAGGUACCGUACUGCGGCAUGUGCAUUCUGCAGGUGUCUGAAGAAGAUCGACAAACUUUAUUCGGUCCGUUUCAAGGACCCAAGUUUGAAUCCUUAUGACUUUAAUCAGUUUAAUGAAAUCUUUAAUGAACCUUCAACAACUUCAUCGAACGUUUUUCCGUCAAAAAGUUGA